AUGUACCGUACUACUCAUCCCCCACCAAACACCAAUCCUAGUACCGUCGAAGAGAUCUUCGCUGAUAUCAAUGGUCGUCGAAGCGGCUUUCUUCAAGCUUUCUUUGUUGAUGUUGACUCUGUCUUCGCUUUAUGCAAUCCGGAAGAGGAGGAGCUUUGUUUGUAUGCAUACCCGAAUGAGAGAUGGAACGUGAGUCCUCCACACUUGCAAGUGCCUCCGGAUAUUCCCGAGCCAGUGCUGGGAAUCAACUUCGUUAGAGAUGGUAUGCCUCGUAAGGCUUGGCUUCAAUUUGUUGCUGGUCAUUGUGAUUCUUGGUUGCUCUAUCUUGCUUUCUUCUUCGGUUGUCGGCUUAAUCGUCAUGAGAGGACUCGCCUAUUCGAUCUGAUUGAUGCUCAGCCAACUCUAUAUGAACAAGUGACAAACCGCCCUUCAGAAUAA